UUGAUUUCAGCGAAAGCGAUCAGUCAACCGGCCACACCGAAGGUCUACAGGAAAGUUGUAGCCGUGUCCAGUAAGGUCGGUUCAUUCACGGACCACAAGCCAUCUGGCGGUAAUGUGCAAAUAUUUUCUGAGACUAGGACUUACAAAGUACAACCAAAGGUCGGGUCUCUUAACAACGUCACUCAUACACCAGGUGGUGGGAACGUGAAAAUCCCCAAUAUUAAAUUGGACUUCAAGGAAAAAGCGAAACCAAAAAUUGAUGCCAAGUCUGAAUACGUGCCACCAGUACCGGAAAAAAAGAUACUUUCCCAAAAGUUGGUCUGGAAUGCUCAGUCAAAGGUUGGCUCGCUGGACAACGUCAAACACAAACCUGCAGGUGGUAAUGUACAGAUUCUCGACCAGAAACUGGAAUGGCAUGCUGCCAGCAAAGUCGGUUCCAUGGAUAAUAUUAAGCACAAACCUGGCGGUGGAAAUGUGCAGGUCAUUCGCCAUUAUUCUGCAAAGAACAUUGGCUAUAGAAUGGACACUGAGAAAAAAGUUGUACAAUCGAUUUAUACUGCUAGAGUUGAGGCAUAUUCGACGAACGGAUACAGUACAUAUCUUCGACUCCGAAUCACCACAGAUCGAAUAGCAGCUCGUUAA